CAAAAUUCCAACAUAGACUCGUUCGUACCGGAUUAUAGUCAAAAACCCUACUAUAACUUAACCUCGCAAACCCUAGACUAAAGCCUCUUGCUUAACUCAUCGCUUCACUGCCUUUCUCCGUAGAUCUUCAAAGAUGCCGUUCAAGAGGUACGUGGAGAUAGGAAGAGUGGCGCUGGUUAACUACGGCAAGGACUAUGGGAAGCUCGUCGUCAUCGUUGAUGUCAUCGACCAAAACAGGGCUCUUGUUGAUGCACCUGAUAUGGUGAGGAGCCAAAUGAACUUCAAGAGGCUUUCACUUACAGAUAUUAAGAUUGACAUCCAACGAGGUCCCAGGAAGAAGACUCUGAUUGAAGCCAUGGAGAAGGCUGAUGUUAAGAACAAAUGGGAGAACAGCUCCUGGGGCAGGAAGCUGAUUGUGCAGAAAAGAAGAGCCUCUCUUAAUGAUUUUGAUAGGUUCAAGAUCAUGUUGGCAAAGAUCAAGAGAGGUGGACUUAUCCGACAGGAGCUUGCAAAACUCAAGAAGGAGACAGCAGCUUAGAAAUUUGUGAUAGAGUUAUAUGUUUUUGUUUUUGUUCAGUUUUUACUGUCUCAAUUUGAUUUUUAUUAAUGUAUUGAUUGAUAUGAGGAACCACCAACUUGGUAUUUUUGGUUAAUCAUUAUUAUUCUGAGAACUUUUUAGAAACUGUUAAUGAUAUUUCAAUGUCAGUCCCCCCUCCA